UAAUACUGUUUUCCAGAACUGUGAGCCAGCGAGAGAUGAGUCACGUUCAAACAGAGAGAGAAAACGAGACGCUCGUAGAGGCGGCGCUUCGUGUCCUAAACACAGCCGACCCCUUCGAGAAGGCCCGGCAAGGCGACUCGGUGGCAUCCAAAUGGCUCCAAGGAACCAUCACCCGUCCCUACAACCCAUCGCAGGACCUUCCCGUUCCCGAUCGCCCCGCCAGGCUCACCAAUGUUAAACUGGUGUCGCCAAGUUUGAUGCCAAAGCUUGGGAAAGCAGGUAGCUUGCAGAGCAGGCAAGCCAUUGUGCAUAGUCUUGUGCAUACCGAGAGUUGGGCUAUUGACUUGUCUUGGGAUAUAAUUGCUCGUUUCGGUAAGAAAGAAGCAAUGCCAAGAGAAUUCUUUACGGAUUUUGUGAAGGUAGCUCAAGAUGAAGGCCGGCACUUCAGCCUGCUUGCAGCUCGGCUUAAGGAGCUUGGUUCUUCUUAUGGUGCAUUACCUGCUCAUGAUGGGCUAUGGGGUUCUGCAAUCGCUACAUCCAAGGACCUAUUGGCUCGAUUGGCAAUUGAGCAUUGCGUCCAUGAGGCUAGGGGACUUGAUGUUUUGCCAACAACCAUCUCUAGGUUCCGUAACGGAGGCGAUGAUGACACAGCUGAUUUACCGGAGAGAGUAGUUUACCCAGAAGAGAUUACACAUUGUGCUGCUGGAGUAAAGUGGUUUAAGUAUCUUUGCUUGAGAUCCAGAAAUCCAUCUUUGUAUCAAGAUAUCCUGGCACUGGAAGAAAGUGAAGCAGGCAGAAGUGAGACUCAAAUGGAUAAAGAAAGUGAAGAGGUGAUUCAUAAAUUUCAUGCAAUAGUAAGGACACACUUUAGGGGACCAUUGAAACCACCCUUUAAUGAGAAAGCAAGGAAAGCUGCUGGCUUCGGCCCUCAGUGGUAUGAUCCCCUCGCCGUGAAAGGCCCUGCCUCACAGUUCUAGCGGUAGACGUAUACGAACUCCGGUGUUCAUCAGAUUUGUGUUGCUUGUGAGAACUGUUUUCUUUUUUACUUCAAAUUCUGACCAGAAUCUCUGAAAUAUUCCAAAUUUUGAUAAUUAAUGAUUUUAUGUUGACUUUAA